AUGCGUCACACAAACGAGUAUCCGGACUCCACCAAAAUCAGGCAGUAUGAUCAGAUGAUUGCCGAAAUAACUUAUUCUUCUGCCGCACACUCAACCCCCAAAAUGGCGGGGUACAAGCGCACAAUACCCCACUUCGAGACGGGUAAUUACAAAUCGCCGGGGGUGUUCCUGGCGGAUGCGGAGUACGGGCGCGCGCUGGACUGCCUGGUGAAGGCGUGCGCGGACUUCUUCAUCCUCGAUACAGACAGCUCCGAGAAUUGCAGAAUACUUCUGGGGAAGCGGAAAGUGGAGCCGCAGCCCGACUGGUGGUUCAUGGGGGGGCGCAUGCGACCAGGGGAGCGCCCAGAGGAGAGCGUGGUGCGGCUGCUGAGCAGAGAGCUGGGCGUCACGGUGGAGCCCGGUGCAGUGCGGUUCCUGGGCGUGCACUCGUACUGGUGGUAUCGGCGCGUGCAGGAGCCGGUGGAGAACGGGACGUGUGACAUCUGUGGCGUGUUCACUGUGGCCAUUGGGGCCAAGCAAGCAGCUGCUAUCAAGCUGGACGAGGAGGAAUACAGUGACUCUAAGUGGGUGUGCAUAUCGGAGAUCAUCGACGGGGAGCACUACCACCCUGCCCUGCGCCAGUCAGCCAGAGAUCUCAAGGCACGGUUUGCCUGGGAGCGCCUGGAGAGCCUCGUGAAGGGCGUCGCCAUGCCGGGCGACAUUCCUGUCGGCAAACACGAUCCUGCGGCGGCGGACCCCGCGGCAUGGGCGCAGCUGCAGCAGCUGCCCCCGGCCGACCGCCUGCACACGGGGGUGCUCCCCAAGGGCGGAAGCACGCUGGGCGCGGGGGCGCUGGCGGACGGCGGAAAGGAGGGGGAGGCGGAGCUGGCGCAAGUGGACCUGCGCGCGCUGAGCCACGCACAGCGGGAGCGGCUGGUGGAGCGCGCGCUGGAGACGCUGGAUCAGGACAACGAGGCGUUCCUCACGAAGCUUAAAGCCCGCCUCGACCGCGUGGGGCUGAGCGUGCCGUCGGUGGAGGUGCGCUUCGAGGACGUGAACGUCGAGGCGGGCGUGUACGUCGGCACGCGCGCGCUGCCCACGCUCCUCAACUUCACGCGCAACUCGCUCGCCGCGGCGCUGCGGUCGCUGCGCUUGGUGCCGGACUCGCGCCGUCCGUAUCCGAUCCUGCACGGGUGCUCGGGCGUGCUGCGGCCGGGCCGCAUGUCGCUGCUGCUGGGGCCGCCAGGCGCCGGCAAGUCCACUCUCAUGCAAGUGCUCGCGGGCUGCCCCGAUAAGUCGAUCAAGGUAUCGGGCAGCGUGACCUAUAACGGGCAUGCUCUUAGCGAGUUCGUACCAGAGCGCACAGUAGUGUACGUGCCGCAGAACGACGAGCACAUCGGCGAAAUGACCGUCCGGGAGACUCUUGACUUCUCCGCGCGCCUGCAGGGCCCGGGGCUCCGCAAAGACCUAGUGGCGGAGCUGGAAAAGCGAGAGGCGGAGCAGGGCAUCGUGCCGGACCCCACCAUGGACGCCAUUAUGAAGGCGAUGGCGCUGGAGGGCAAUCCCACCAACGUCAUCACGGAUUAUGUGCUCAAGAUCCUCGGUCUGGACAUCUGUGCAGACACAGUGGUGGGAAACGAGAUGCUGCGCGGCAUCUCAGGCGGGCAGAAGAAGCGCGUGACAACAGGCGUGUCCCUGGUGGGCCCGAAGCAAGUGCUGCUGAUGGACGAGAUCAGCACGGGGCUGGACUCGUCCACCACGUUCCUCAUCACGCGCUGCCUGCGCCACCUCACGCACCUGCACUCCGCCACCACGCUCGUCGCCCUCCUGCAGCCCGCCCCCGAGACCUACGAGCUCUUCGACGACGUGCUGUUGCUCUCAGAAGGCCACGUGGUGUUCCACGGGCCGAGAGAACAGGUGGUGCCGUUUUUCAACCAGCUGGGGUUUGAGUGCCCCGAGAGGAAGGGCGAGGCGGAUUUCCUGCAGGAGGUGACGUCCAUGAAGGACCAGGGGCAGUACUGGAAGGGGGGAGCGGGUGGGGUGGGCGGGGGCGGUCAGCCGUACCACUAUGUGCCGGCUCAGGCGUUUGAGGCAGCGUUCAAGGAGACGCAGAUUGGCAAGGCCACUGCUGCCCUCCUCUCGGUGCCCUACCCCAAGGAAAAGAGCCCCCCCGGCGCGCUGGCCCACAAGCGCAACGCCCUGCCCACCUCGGAGAUGUUCCGCGCCGUCUUCGAGCGCGAGUUCCUGCUCAUGAAGCGCAACGCCUUCCUCUACGUUGCUCAGACCAUCCAGAUCAUCCUCAUCGCUCUCGUCACCAUGACCGUCUUCUUCCGCACCACGCUCGACAUCUCCCUGCAAGACGGCAACUACUACCUGGGAGCCAUGUUCUUCGGCCUCAUCAUGAUGCUCUUCAACGGCUUCACGGAGCUCACGCUGCUUGUCAUGCGCCUGCCGAUAUUCUACCGCCAGAGGGACGCGUUUCUGUACCCGGCGUGGGCGUGGGAGGUGCCUAUGGAGCUGCUCUCGCUGCCUUUUUCUGCCUGGGCGUCUAUUAUCUGGACGGCCGUCACCUACUAUGUCAUUGGCUUUGCACCGGAACCGGGCAGGUUCUUCAUGCAGAUGUUUCUCUUCUUCCUCAUCCACCAGGUCGCCAUGUCCCUCUUUCGCCUCAUAGGAGCGUUGGGGCGCAGCAUGGUGGUGGCCAACACCUUUGGCUCAUUCGCCCUCAUCAUCCUCUUCCUGCUUGGUGGCUUCGUGCUCGCUAAAGGCGACAUUCACAACGUGUGGAUCUGGGCGUAUUGGAUCUCACCCCUCAUGUACGGCCAGAACGCCCUCGCUGUCAACGAGUUCCUCGCCCCCCGCUGGAAUGUGUCCGCAGGGCCACUCUUCCCCCCCACGGCCACCAUGGGGCAGGUGCUGCUGGAGAGCCGCUCGCUGCCGUUGAACGAGAAUUGGCGCGGCAUUGGCGCGGCGGCGCUCAUCGGAUUCAUCAUCCUCUUCAAUCUCCUCACCAUCCUCGCCCUUGCCUACCUCGAUCCGUGGGCGCGUCCCCAGCCGGUGGUGUCGGAGGAGCAGCUGGAGACAAAGCAUGCUGCCCGCACGGGCGAGGUGCUGGGCUUGGCGGGCGGCAGCAGGAAGAGGUCAACGCGGCAGGGCAAGGGCAAGAGCAGCGCUCUCGACCGCUACUGCACCAGCCACACUACCUCCAGAGACGUUGAGUCACAGCCUCAGUCAGCAGAGGGAAAGCACGGCAUGGUUCUCCCUUUCGAGCCGCACUCGCUCUCCUUCCACAACGUCAACUACUUCGUCGACAUGCCCGCUGAGAUGCGCGCUGAGGGCGCCCCCCCCGACGCGCGCCUGCAGCUGCUGCGCAACGUCUCCGGCGCGUUCCGGCCGAAAGUGCUGACGGCGCUGGUGGGCGUGUCGGGCGCCGGCAAGACCACGCUCAUGGACAGCGACAUUCACACGCCGCAGGUGACGGUGCACGAGAGCCUGCUCUUCUCCGCGUGGCUGCGCCUGCCGGGUGAUGUGGACAAGGAGGUGCGGGAGGAGUUUGUGGAGGAGGUGAUGGAGCUGGUGGAGCUGGACGGACUCAGGGACGCCAUGGUGGGGCUGCCGGGGGUGAAUGGGCUGUCCACGGAGCAGAGGAAGCGCCUCACCAUCGCCGUCGAGCUCGUGGCCAACCCGUCAAUUAUCUUCUUGGAUGAGCCGACGAGCGGGCUGGAUGCACGGGCGGCGGCCAUUGUGAUGCGCACCGUGCGCAACACCGUCGACACGGGGCGGACUGUCGUGUGCACCAUCCACCAGCCCAGCAUCGACAUCUUUGAAGCCUUUGAUGAGCUGCUGCUGAUGAAGCGGGGAGGCGAGGUGAUAUACAUGGGUCCGCUGGGCGUGGACUCGCGGCUGAUGAUCGACUACUUCCAGGCCAUCCCAGGCGUGCCGCCCAUCCCCGCCGGCUACAACCCAGCCACGUGGAUGCUCGACAUCUCCACGCCCGCCAUGGCCGACAAACUCAACGUCGACUUCGCCGAAAUCUUCCGCCAGUCCGACCAGUUCCGCCGCAACGAGGCGCUCAUCGAGUCGCUCAAGACGCCCCCGCCGGGCCAGCAGGACCUCGCCUUCGCGACCAAAUUCUCCACCAGCUACCCCACGCAGUUCGUGGCUAAUCUGUGGAAGCGGUCGCGCAUGUACUGGCGGGCGCCGGACUACAAUGCUGUCCGCUACUUCUUCUGUGCCAUCAUGGCUCUGCUGGUCGGUGGCGUGUUCUUCGGGCUGGGCAAGCAGCGCAGCACGCAGCAGCAGCUGCUCAACGUCAUGGGAGCCAUGUACACGGCGUCGCUCUUCAUGGGGUGGAACAAUGCUGCUUCAGUCCAGCCCAUCGUUGCCAUCGAGCGCACCGUCUUCUACCGCGAGCGCGCCGCCGGGUUAUACGGCGCCGUGCCGUAUGCCCUGGCACAGGGGGCGAUUGAAAUCCCAUAUGUGUUGGUGCAGACUUUCAUCUACUCGCUCAUCACGUAUGCGAUGAUCCAGUUUGAGUGGACGGCCGGCAAGUUCUGGUGGUACACGCUCUUCAUGUUCCUCACGCUCUUCUACUUCACGUGCUACGGGCUCAUGGCCAUCGCCAUCUCGCCCAACGAGCAGCUUGCGAUGGUCAUCUCGGGAUUCUUCUUCUCCUUCUGGAACCUUCUCUGCGGUUUCCUCAUCACCCGACCUCAAAUUCCGGUGUGGUGGCGGUGGUUCUACUGGAUCAACCCUGUCUCCUGGACGCUCUAUGGCCUCAACGCCUCUCAGCUGGGAGAUGUGACGACGACGCUGCAGGUGCCGGGGGUGUCCCCGGAUCCAACGGUGCAGGUGUAUCUGGAGGAGGUCUUUGGCUACCAGCACUCGUGGCUCGGCUACGUCCCGUCCUCGCAAUGCUCCUCGUGGGCCUCGCGGUUGCCGACAAUCAGGAUCGCAAGCGGGACGGCACGGGAAACCAGGACCCGCGACAGGAAGCGCGACGGCUCGUGCGCCAAAUCCGGCACGUGCAGUGGCAACAAGAACGGCGGCAAUCCCGGUGGUCGCGGCGGCAAUGGCGCUGGGAGGAAUUCGGGGAAGAAAGGAACGGGGACUUGCAAUAAGAGCGGCACUGCGAGUUGCGACGGCAGCGGGCGGAAGAACGCGGUGAUGGCGAGCGCGAAUGCCGUGGCGGCUGCUGACGUGGCGGCUGCUGACGUGGACCUGCAGGCGUGUGACGGGGCGAAGCAGGCGGGGAAGCUGAUGAGCGGAUUGCGGAAGAGCGGAUUCAACAAGUUCGCCGCGGCGCUGCAGCAGACAGGUUUGGCCGCGGAGUUCCCAGACGUGAUGUGUGCGGGCGGGGUGACGCUGCUGGCCAUCCCCGAUGCGCCCAUGGGGCAGCUGCCUCCUUCAGUGCGAGGGGAUGCGCUGAUGCUCCGGGAGCAGCUCAUGCUGCACGUCGUCAAGGGCGCCCGCCCCUACAGCCGCAUGCAGGCCCGCGCCAAGAACUACAAGUUCGCCUGUGCUGCGGGGGCAGGCUCAGGCCGGCUGGUGAAGCAGAGUCAGGGCGACGCCCCCCUGGUGCUGCGAGUGGGCAGGGGGUGGGGGCAGGCAGCAGCAGUGACGCGCCCCGAUGCCUUCCAGUGCACGGGGGGGCGGUGCACGGAGUGA